ACAAAAGAACUUAUAUCUUUACCAAACGAGAUAAGCCUGUUCAACUGAAAACAAAGCGAAAAAUCAUGGUUCAUUAAAUUCACUCCAUUAACAAACAGUGAGAUUGCCUCCCGAAGUGUUUCGAGUUUAUAAUCUCAAUUUCUCCUUGAAGGGUUUGAUUGUUCCACUUGUACCAAAUUUAAACUUUAUGGCAUCAACUCAUUCGAGUUCUCACACCGAAGCAGCCAAAAUGGAACAAGUUAUCACUGAAUUCUUCUAUAAGAGUCUUUUUAUAAUUCUUGAAUCGAGGUCUCCUUAUGUGUCAUCACGUAAUUAUAGUGGGGAACAAACUGUGUCGUCCCCGUCUUCAUCCUCAUCCUCUUCAUCUAGUGUGAGACCAAGAGAUAAAUGGUUCAAUUUAGCUCUUAGGGAGUGCCCUUCAGCGCUAGAAAAUCUUGACCUUUGUCGGCAGAGUAAUUUUGAGUCUGUAGUUGUUGAUGUUAUAUUGGACCAGAAGCCUCUUGACUGGGGACCUGCAAGUUUUUCCCCCAAGAGGGAUCUUGUUGGGAAUUUGUCUUCUAAAGAUAAGAAUUCGCUUUUCUGGAAUUCUGAUCUAGAAGAAUCAGGCAGGGAGAUAAAAAGUGAAAAGAUUGUUGAAAGAUGGUUGGUGCAGCACGAAAGUAGAAAGGGUCGGGAUUGUAAUUUAGGGAAUAGAAGGUCAAGUUGUUAUAAUUUGAGUGCAUUAUAUAAGAAAUUGAUAUUGUUGUUGAGGUCCUUAUACGUGACUGUGAGGCUUUUACCUGCUUACAACAUUUUUCGUGAUCUCAAUUCAUCCGGUCAAAUCUGUGCCUUUAAGAUGGUUCCUAGGGUAUCUUCUUUUGUUGAACCCUUGAAUCGUAAAGAAGAGGCUGAUAUGCAGCGAUUUUGGUUUACCCCUGUGGACACAUCUUGCGGAAGGCUUUGCGUUUCUGUUUUGUACUAUUCAUCAAUCUCAGAUAUAAGCUCCGAAUCGUCAACCCCGAUGUCCCCUCAAUUUAUACCAAAUUAUGUUGGAAGCCCAUUGGCAGACCCAUUGAGGAGAUUUCCAUCUCUUCCUAUGUCACAUGGCUCUUCAUCAUCUUUACCAUUUUCAAGAAGGCAUAGUUGGAGUCAUGACCAUUACAAGGCUUCACCACCUUUGGUUUCUUUCUCACCAUCACCAACACAUUCGGAGUCACAUGCUUCGGCUUCUAACCCGAUCUCUCAGCCGUUUCCGCCUAUGAGCUUACCUCCUCAUCCUCGUGAAACAUCACUAGCUCAUAAGAAGGUUAUGAACUUAGAUGAGCAUCGUCCUUCCCCCAAUUUCUCUACUUCCCCAUCACCAUCACCAUCACCAUCACCAUCACUCCCAAUCCACAUACCCAGGUCUCAUUUAUCAGAAGCUCUUUCACGCUCUGAAAGUGAUCCUGUUGACAUACCGGGUCCUAAGCUUGCUAAUUCCCCUGCAUUGUCUGACAAGCACAAUUUGCCACCAUCACCUCCCCUUAAAAUUACAAGAACUGGUACUUCUAGGACUGAUAAUUUUAGGGUACCUGCUGAAACUGUUACAACAAUUGAGAAGCUGUACUCUUUUGGGAAAGAGGACUGUCGGAAAUAUUCUAGAGUGAAGAUAUCUUCCUGCAGUUCACCACGAAUUUCAUGUUCUAGAAGUUCCAGUAGGUCUUUACAAGAUGAUUUUGAUGACUUUGAGUUUCCUUGCCCAUUUGAUGUGGAUGAUGAUGAAAUGACGGACCCUGGUAGCAGAGCCGAGUCUUACGAUAAAAGGGCACAUUCAUCUGAUCCAAAUGAAGCUGGGUUGUUCGUGAAUAGAAAAUCCCAAGAUGCUGCGGUUGGUGCUCUUGUCCUUAUGCUGAAAAAAGCCCCUCCUCUCUGCCAGGACACCUCCCUUAAUUUUUCAGAAGCCUCAAGGCCAGAAAUGUGGAGCAACAGCAUCCAAAAGCAGAGUCAGAUCUCGGAAGCUGAGACUGUUGAACAUGCUGCUGCUUCGAGUACUGCAUCUUCGAGGCUUGUUGCAUCAAAGACAACUGCUGAUGCAUUAGAGGAACUUCGGGGUUACAAAGCAAUGAAAAACCUGUUGCUUAGUGAAGGGGGUAACGCAUACACAUCAGCUAGUUUUGAUUCUGCAGCUGAACAUUCCAGGAUCAGCAAAGGUACAUGAGAAUUGUGAAAUUCUACUAUAUUGGUAUAUAUAUUGCACAUAUGUACAGAAUUAUGGCUCCUGAGAUUACUCUACGGGUGAAGACAUUUUCCCUUUCUAUUGUAGAUAAAAGUAUAUAUACGUAUGUAUGUUUGAUACAGUUUUAGAUAAGAUUUAUUCUACAAGAGAAGUAUCCGUUGGC